AUGUCAUCAACUAAUGAUACAUAUCAUCAUCUAUUCGUUCAAACACAACCAAAGAGUAUAUUAAAAAAAUCACCAUCACCAAAAUUUCUUGAUUCAUCAAAUAAUUUCGAAAAUAACUAUUAUUCAAAUGUUAUUCUAUCAUCAACGGAUGAAAUAGAUAAAAAUAACAUUGAUCAGAGCAUAACUAAUACAAAUGAUAACAUAUGUAUGCUUAACAAUAAUCAAUCCGUUAUGGAUAAUUCACAGUUAUCUUCUAUUGAAACAUUCUUAACGAAAUCGACUAUGAAAUCAAAUGAAAAUUUAUGUCAAUAUAAAAUUGAUAGUCAAUUGAUAGGAAAUAUUCCACCUGAUGAUGCAAUAUUAUCAUCACCACACACAUCCGAUCAUGAACAACAACGUAUUAGAAAUAAAUCAAAGAAAAAUUAUUAUAGAUCGUUUGUCAACAAUGAUACAAUCUCUUCAUCAGCAUCAUCUUCAAGUGAUAAUGACGAUGAAAGAAAAGCAAAGCGUUCUACGGGACAAUCUCAAACAACGUCAAUACAUUCUAACAAAUAUCGAGAAAAAGACAUGCAACUUGAUGAAUUCAUGCGAAAGUAUCAACAACACGGAGGAAUUUAUAUACCAACAAUUGAAGAAAACUGUAGUAAAGAGAAAAUAAGAUCAAAAGAUUUAAUAAAUAAUAAUGAAUAUACGUAUCAUCAUUUUCCUUUAACAAAACAACGAAAUUCUUAUGAUGAUACUAUAAGUUUAUUAGAAUCAAUCAAUAGAAUAACUCUAUCAACAGAAUCUCUUGCACCUUUACAAUUAUUAUUUGAUGCUGCUCGUAGAAAUCAAUCUGAUCGUCGAGCAAAAAUUGAUCAUAUUCGUCAAUAUGUUGAAGAACAAAUUGGUAUAACAGCUUUUUUAACAAUAUAUAAAUUAUUGAAAUCAUCACAAAUACCAAUUGAUAUACAACAAAAACCAUUUUGUUAUUAUGCAAAUUUUAUUCCUCAUUUAUGUUGUUUAAUUAUGCUUGAAAGUGAACAACAAAAAAAUCGUUUAUAA